UACCGGUUGUGGCCAUUGUGACCAAGUUCGACACAUUUUUACAAGAUAUGCAGCAGAAAUUGGAAGAAAAAGCGGAAGAAGAAGACGAGGAAGUUGAUGAUGACGAGCUUGAAAAGAUUGCUGGUGUUGAGGCGGACAAACGAUUCGAGCAGCACUACAAGAAACCCCUUUUGAGCAUGCAGCAUCCGCCAAGGGCCGUUGUAACUCUAUCCGAAGAAACGCAGCGUCAAGCACGAAGCGGUUAUGACCUUCGAACGUUUUUCGCCUCUGCCCAAAGUGCCGAUAGUAAAGUUAAACUCAUCACGUCUACUGCUUACUCCGAGAAGAUGUUUCGUGGCGGACCGUUCAUCAAGACUUGGGAUACCUUUUGGACAGACUCUACAUCGGGGCCUCAAGCACCGAUCAAGCUUAUUCGUCUCUUGGAAAAACAUUUGGAUGACAGCCGACGUCUCAUAGGCCACCGACAAUCAUCCGACUUCUCCGAGGUGAAUGCCCGCCCCGAUUUGCUGGCUUUCUACACGGUGCUCAUCAUGGAGAAAGUCUACGUUUUCAAUAUCAACGAUGAGAAAACGCUUGAAGCUAUGAUAAAAUGGUAUGAUCAGGGCAGCAAUACUGCAACAUACAUUCGGAAGGAAGUAAUGCAACUUUAUCGACAACGCCGGUCAGAGAAGUACAAGGUACCAAAGGAGUGGUCCGAGAAAGUUGCACAGCCGUUAAUCGAUCUUGUGUGCAAGCGACCGGUAGAAGUUCCAGGGUAG